AUUUUUAAAAAUGUUAUUCAGUUUUAAUGAGAUAGCUUUUCUCAAAGCUUUCUAGAGACUCUUGAAAACGAAUAGAUUAAUUAUGUAUCAGGUAGCGCAAUUGCGAAACAGUACGUUAGCUAUGUAUUUGACAAUUCAAUUAAGUUUUAUUUGAUUUACCUUCGUACUCGAGAAUGGUAGACUCGAAGAAGCCAUUGCGAAGACUGAGAAGAAAACAGAAUCAGACGUUAGACAAGUACUCGGAAACUAUACGAAGUGAUCUGAGUAAACUGGAUCGACUAAAGUUCAAGGCUAUUGUUGUUAUCGAGAUACACGCGAGAGAUGUCAUCGACAAAAUGUACAAAAUGAAUUGCAAAGAUGUGACCGCUUUCGAAUGGCUGUCGCAGUUAAGAUUUUAUUGGGAUGCAGACAUAGACGAUUGUAUUGUUCGGCAAACAAACACUCACUUCAUAUAUGGCUACGAAUAUCUAGGCAAUACCGGAAGACUUGUAAUAACUCCUCUGACAGACCGGUACGUUUUCCUGAACUUUUAGUUUAAUUAUAUAGCAAUAAAUG